GUGUCCGAUAUUAUUAUAAUUGGAAAAAAAAAUUAAAAGUAAAAGAAAGAGCAGACUAGGGUUUCUUAAUUUGAAUUUUAAACUCAAUUAACACAACACCUCUUCAGGGAAUUUGGAAUUGGAUAUUUUUUUCAGCUGUAAUUUCGUUGUGAUUUGCAAGCAAUUAUGAGAACUUCAUGGUCAGAUUCUGUGGCCAACUCUGCAUCCGAGAAUGCAGCAGCUUCUGGUUCGUCUGGUCCGCGUCCUACCCGUGCUACUUACAUUCCUCCACACCUUCGUAACCAGCCGCCAUCUUCUGAUUCUCUGGCUCCACCACCUGCUGCUCCCUCACUAGGAAAUGAUCGUGUAGGUUAUAGUGGGCCUGUGGGUGGCUCUCGAUGGGGUGGUGGUGGUGGUUCGAGACCGGAUCAUGGGCGUUCCGGUUAUGGUUCUGGUGGUAGAGGAGGUGGUGGUUGGAAUAAUAGAAGUGGUGGGCGGGACCGCGGGAGGGAGCGUGAGGUGAAUCCGUUUGGUGAUGAUGGUGAUGUAGAGCCGGCUUUUGGUGAACAAGAGAAUACGGGAAUUAACUUUGACGCGUAUGAGGAUAUUCCGGUGGCGACGAGUGGGCACAAUGUGCCACCGCCUGUGAAUACAUUUGCGGAUAUAGACUUGGGUGAGGCAGUGAAUCAGAAUAUUCGGAGGUGUAAGUAUGUGAAACCGACUCCAGUUCAGCGUAAUGCUAUCCCAAUAUUGCUUGCUGGGAGAGACUUGAUGGCUUGUGCUCAGACGGGUUCAGGGAAGACAGCUGCCUUUUGCUUUCCAAUUAUUGCUGGAAUUAUGCGGGAGCAGUAUGUACAGAGACCGCAUGGAGGGAGGACAAUGUACCCUCUGGCUCUUAUUCUUUCUCCUACUAGGGAGCUUUCGAGUCAGAUACAUGAUGAAGCCAAAAAGUUUUCCUAUCAAACUGGUGUCAAGGUGGUGGUUGUUUAUGGAGGCGCACCAAUCAACCAACAGCUCCGAGAACUUGAGAGAGGGGUUGAUAUUCUUGUGGCCACUCCUGGACGGUUAGUGGAUUUGCUUGAGAGGGCCAGAGUAUCAUUGCAGAUGAUUAGAUAUUUGGCUCUUGAUGAGGCAGACAGGAUGCUGGAUAUGGGGUUUGAGCCUCAGAUUAGAAAGAUAGUGGAACAAAUGGACAUGCCCCCAUGCGGCAUGAGGCAGACAAUGCUGUUCAGUGCCACCUUUCCUAAAGAAAUACAGAGACUUGCAUCUGAUUUUCUUUCAAAUUACAUAUUUUUGGCUGUUGGAAGGGUUGGAUCAAGUACUGAUUUAAUUGUUCAAAGAGUUGAAUAUGUUCAAGAGAUUGAUAAGAGAAGUCAUCUCAUGGACCUUCUUCAUGCUCAAAGAGAAACUGAAGUUAAUAGCAAGCAUUCUCUGACAUUAGUUUUUGUGGAGACAAAGAAGGGAGCCGACUCACUGGAACAUUUGUUACAUGUCAAUGGAUUUCCUGCUACAUCAAUUCAUGGUGAUAGAACACAACAGGAAAGAGAAAUGGCACUUAGAUCAUUCAAGAGUGGGAAGACGCCAAUUCUAGUAGCGACAGAUGUGGCAGCACGGGGUCUUGAUAUACCCCAUGUGGCUCAUGUGGUGAAUUUUGAUCUUCCAAAUGACAUUGAUGAUUAUGUUCACAGGAUAGGACGAACAGGACGAGCUGGAAAUACAGGGAUGGCUACUGCCUUCUUUAACGAAAAUAGUAUGUCAUUAGCAAGACCUUUAGCUGAUCUAAUGCAAGAAGCAAAUCAAGUAGUACCUGCGUGGCUCACUCGUUAUGCUUCACGGGUUUUGCAUAGUGGUGGCAAGAAUCGGCGCUCUGCGGGAGCCCGUUUUGGUGGUCGUGAUUUCAGAAGAGAGGGUUCUAUUAACAAGGGUACAGAAUAUUAUGGAGGGAACAGUAACAGUGGAUAUGGGGUUCCUGCUGGUUAUGGUGGGGGGUACAAUCCAGCCGUGGCCAGUGCUUGGGAUUAGUAUCAUACCAUUUUCUGGAUUCAGAUCUCAUGCGUAUAUAACGUUCUUUUCACAAUUCAAGGAUCAAUUUUUUUUAUCCUCCAGUAGCCUUAAAUUGUCUUUUAUGCAGAAGUUGCUGUGGGGUUAAUCCCUGGCCUUCUCAAAAUGGUGAACCUACUUGAUUUGAUCAGGUAAGACAUUACUCAAAUGGUGAACCUACUUGUCUUAAA